CCAGAUUUUUGCAAUCUUCUAUCGAUUUCAGCAACAGUGCCAUUAAAAUCACAGUGUUGUUUCGUUUACGACAUAAGCCGGAAGUGAAACGGGCUUCCGACACAAUGAACCGAAAUGGCAGCAUAGUGGUGCUGCUGUUGGUUGCCGGUCUGGUACCAUCGCUUUUGGGGCUUCCGGUUGUGACGCAAAAACCCAAAGCUCCAGAAAACGAAGAAAAGCACGACGACAGUAACGUGGAACGUAUGGAGAACAUUAUUGAGUACAAUAAGUACCUUCAGGAGGUCGUUAGUGUGCUCGAAAGCGAUCCUGUUUUUGCGGAAAAGCUGCAAAAGGCAGCAGAAUCCGAUAUCCGGUCCGGUGUGAUAGCUCAAGAGCUCGAGUACGUCGGCCAUCAUGUGCGAUCGCGUUUGGACGAGCUGAAGCGAGUGGAGCUACAGCGAUUGAAGGAAUUGGCGACGAAGCAGUUUGAGCUGACGAACGAAAUCGAUCGAGAUCAUUUGAAAAUUAGCGAGCAUGUGGACCACUCGAAUCCACACACGUUCGAAAUUGACGAUUUGAAGAAGCUAAUUCUGAAGACUUCCCAAGACCUGAUGGAGAACGAUCGCCGGCGUCGGGAUGAAUUCAAACAAUACGAGCUGCAGAAGGAGUUUGAAAAGCAGGAAAAACUGCGCAACCUCGAUGAGGAGCACCGGAAAGCGUACGAGGAAGAUCUGAAGCGCCAGCAGGCCAAACAUGAUAAUCAUGAAAAAAUUCACCACCCGGGCAACAAGGCGCAACUGGAGGAGGUUUGGGAAAAGCAGGAUCACAUGGACGGGCAGGAUUUCGAUCCGAAAACGUUCUUCAUGCUGCACGAUUUGGACGGUAACAAUAUGUGGGAUGAGAAUGAGGUAAAGGUGCUGUUCAUUAACGAGCUGAACAAGAUGUAUCAAGCCGGAGCGCCCGAGGACGAUAUGAAGGAAAGGGCGGAGGAAAUGGAGCGUAUGCGGGAACACGUGUUUAAGGAGGCGGAUACGAACAAGGACGGGCUGAUCAGCUUCGAGGAGUUCCUCGAACAGACGAAACGAGACGAAUUUCAGAAGGAUCCGGGAUGGGACACGGUCGACCAUGAACCACAGUUUACGCACGAGGAGUACGUGGAGUUUGAGCGACGUCGCCAGGAAGAGAUUCAACGAUUGAUUGCGGAGGGCAAGCUUCCGCCACAUCCUAAUAUGCCCCAAGGAUAUCAUCCUGGAGCUGAUGGUCAAUACCAAGUGCAUCCUAAUGCCAUUCCACAACAACAGGUUCCACACUACCAGCAGCAACAGCAGAUGCAACAACAACAGUACCACCAGCAACAGCAGCAACAACAACAUUACCAGCAACAACAACAUCAUCAACAGGGACCUCCACCUCCAGCAUAUAACACUCACGGCCAGCCGAUAAAUGCUCAUCCCAACCAGAUCUAUGAUAAUGUGCAGCCACAUCAGGUCCAGUCUAAUCCUUCUUACACUGGCCAACAGUCAACCGUAUACACUGGUCAGCAAGGCGCGCCUCACUAUCAAGGUCAACCUGCACCAGCGCAGCAUAAUGUACAGCAGCAACAACAACAAGCUCAAUACGCACAGCAGCAGCAAAUUCAGUCGAACCAGAUCCCGCAAAAUCCUCAAUAUCAUCAACAGCAGGGUAGCAACAAUGUGCAACCACCACACCAGCAGGCACCUGCUGCACAACAGCAACAUGUACCACAGCCAGCUGCCCAGCAACAUGUACCACAGCCAGCUGCACAGCAACAUGUACCACAGCCAGCUGCACAACAACAACAGCAGCAACCCGUCGGAAACGUUGCACAGCCACCGCAACAACCACAGCAGCAACAGCAACCACCUGCAGCAGCUGCAGCGGUUCCGUCGCAGCCAUCAGUAGCGCAGGUGAAACAUUAGAAUUCGCAUUUCACCGGAAUAUCGAAGACGCCAAAUCAAGCCAAACGAAACUGGAGCGCAAAUUGUUCAGCAAUGAAGAAGCUUCCACACAAACACAGAAAUACACAUUUUGCGAAGCAAAUGGCAUACAUAUAGAUAGGCACAAGGGGUUUAUACGAAACGAUAAGGUAUUAAAACAGCAAAACUAAUAACAAGAGCUGAUUCCAUAAACGAAAUAUCCUUUCCUCUCUCAGACCGGUAAAAUGAUGUUUGCAUUGACGUGAAACUAACAUUACCACUACAUUUAUCAGCAGACUAAUCAGCAAAUAAUCUUGAAUAAUACUUUGUGAUGAAAUUACUGUAGAAUGUAGUAAAACUUGUACCGUUUAAUGUUCUUUUUUACACUUUUUUGUCGUAUGAAAUAGUCUAGCGAAAACGAAAAUAAAAUCAAUUGUCAAUAACACUGUA